UUUUACACCGCACAGAUGCUAAACGAACUCAUUUACACCGCAUACCGAACACAACAAACAACUGUCAUCAAGUUUCCAAGCAUUUUCUGGAUUUUCGUAAUAAUCCGACGGAGAUCGAAAUCAGUAUCCAGUUGUACAUGCGUUGUUCGUUGUGAAUCUAAUCUAGCUUCGAAACGGUGCCUCAGCAAUGUCUGAAGGAGAUUCUGCCUCAAUGGAAGAUGCGGCGACGAUCGGCUUUCAGAUCAUCGCCCUGGCCAAGGACAAGCCGGGUGGCAUCAACAAUGACGAUCUGGUGGCAGCCAUACCGGAAGUGAAACCGGAACACCGCGUCCAAGCUUUGAACAAACUUCUUCAGGAGGGUGUGCUGGAAAUUCUAAAGAAAGGAACUACGCUGAUCUACCGUUUGAAGGACCCAUCGAAGAAGUCUUCCGCACCGAAAGACAUCGACAAUGAGGAAAAGAUCAUCUACAAUAUCAUCGAGGAGGGAGGCAACAGAGGCAUCUGGAUCAGAGACAUACGGGUGAAAUCGAAUCUGAUUAUGACUCAGCUGAACAAAGUGCUGAAGCAACUGGAGAAUAAGAAGUUGAUCAAGGCUGUCAAAUCAGUUAAUGCCAGCAAGAAGAAAGUUUACAUGCUCUACAAUCUAGAACCAGAUCGGUCCAUCACCGGAGGUGCCUGGUAUCAAGACCAGGACUUUGAGGCGGAAUUCGUGGACGUACUGAACCAGCAAUGUUUGCGAUUCCUUCGAAUGAAACGUGAAUCGGCCAAAGAAUGCCGUGAUGGGCCACUGGCAGUGCAAAAACUUUCCUACUGUUCGGUGAGUGACGUUCACAAGUUCAUCUCCGAGCUGGGCAUCAGCAAGAUCAGCCUGGACGAAGAUGACCUCGAGACCAUUCUGAAGACGGUAGUUUACGACGGCAAGGCGGAAUCGAUUCCCACAGCAGAGGGGAAGCAUUUAUACAAGGCAAUCGAAGCACCGCUCUCCUCGCCCGGACUGGUUCAGAUGCCGUGUGGAAUCUGUCCGGUGAUUCGGAACUGCUCGGAUUGUGGGGCGAUUACCCCAAAGCUAUGCUCGUAUAUUAAUGAAUGGUUGGAUUAGAUCAAACUAUUUGACUUUUGUAUUGAACUGAAGUAUCACAAUCAUAAUAUUCUUUGGCAAUAACCCCAACAAGAA